CACUUGUCUGCCCUUGAGCCUGUACUAUGAGUGAAACUUAACGUCCACCAAGCGAGAAUCUAUACCGGCUGCUAGCGCAAAGGUCCUGGCUCCAACAAAACGUCCAGCCCCAGCAUCACGGAAAUGCUAUCAGUCAUCCAUUGUGUUCGCCAUGGGGAAGGCUUCCAUAAUGUCGGUGGCGGUUGCUAUACCAUCCCUGACCCACGUUUGUCACUGACUGGAGAGAAUCAAUGUGAAUCGCUCCGUGAAGACGCCUUCCGUAACCAGUCGGGAAUCUCCCUUAUCCUGUCGUCACCGAUGUGCCGGGCGCUUCAAACUGCAGCUCUGGUAUUCCAGCCAGCUCUGACGUCGGCCCUCCAAUCCGAAAGGAUUCUCGCCUUCCCUGACGCUCAAGAAACGUCAAGUGACCCGUGCGACAUUGGCUCGGACCCAGAAAUCCUCCGACGCAUCGUGGGAAAAGAGAAAUGGCCGGUGGACCUCUCUUUGGUGACAGAUGGCUGGAACCAGAAGAAGGCUGGAGCUCGCUACAGUCCGAGCAACGAUGCGAUCCGUGCUCGCGCCCGCGAUGCUCGACUGUUUUUGCGGGCGACAUUACGGGAGCUGGUUUCCAAUGGGGAUGACGAUGCGGAGAUUGUUCUCGUGUCACACGGUGGAUUUAUGCAUUACCUUACGGGCGACCGGGGGGAUGCAUAUCGCCACCCGGGUACUGGAUGGGACAAUUGUGAGACGCGUGCUUAUAGUCGCUGGAGGCGUGGUAGAGAUCAUCCGAUGUAUGGAAAGGAGGUUCAGGGCAAGCUUUUCACUACAGAGAUGGAGUGUUGGCAGGGCCAAGGGCUGCAACGACCAGACGAAGUAGAUCUGGACUUGAAGGUUGGAUAG